UCUCCAAGCACCAAUCGGAAAGCAAAACGAGGGAAUCUUUAUCACUCCCGAUGUAUCCAACGUGGGACGAAAGAACGUCUGGAUAAAAAGAAAGUAAAGUCCGGGAGGGGGAAAAACAAGCGGUUGAAACGGUCAGAAGUGCGAGGUGAAUUAGUGAAUUAUCGGAGUUUUCGGACCGUACAACGAGAUCAAGAUAAAAGCUUCCCAGUUCCUUCAAACCGCGCUCAGGGUUGCUGGAGAGAGAGAAGGAACAAACGCGAGCCGCAAAGUUCACAACAGUCGGACGGCUUUACUGGAACUGUUUCGCUUCAAAAGUGGUUUAUUAUUAUUCACUUAUGUGAUCCAAACGCCUGCAUUCGCAGUUUGGAAACUUUAUAUCAAGUCCGUGAAGAAGCGAGAGCCUCAAACUUUUUUUUUUUUUUUAGGAGUGCGGUUUUUCCUGAGGAAAAGUUUCUUUAAAGCGCCGUCGAUCCCAGAUUUUCUUUCAACCCGCUCGUAUGGAGUUAAUGGACACGAUCAACUAUGGUUUUACUUUUCAUAAUAACGAAUCACUUGGGAUCGGCACAUUAUAAAAACUGCAGAAACGCCGUUGACGAUUUAAACUCUUCAAACUACAUUUGAUUCAGUGGAUCUCUCUUGCCAAAACAAAGCGCCUGUCUAUCUCCCAUCCAGAGCCCCUUUUCAACCUUUUAAGGACAACUGCAUUUAGUUUUGGCUUCUGGACAAGUUUCUUGUAUUGCCUCGUCGUGAUUCACCUUUGAUUUACUUAACGUUACGUGGUGGAGCAGGGGAGUUCAAUUUUUUUUUACUGUGGACCGUUUUCGAGUGCAGGACUCAUGCAUUGCCCAAAAGCAUCGCAGUAUAAUUUGAUAUUACCUUUGGGUAAACAAACAACUUAAUGAAGGCGAAUUACUCGGACUCUGAGAAACUCAAUAGGUUCGAGCUGUCCGUUUGUGGAUGAGAGAGAUCAGUCGUUAAGCGCUGAGACAACUGGAUACAAAAUGGCGGCGUGGCUGGGACAGAUGGGAUCACUUUCAUAUCAUGUGUUUUAUUGGCUUUUGACGCUGGGACUGUUAAUCAAUUAUAGCGCACCGUGUCCUCAAAACUGUACGUGUACGCUUGAUACGACCGACUGCAGUCAUUUAGACCUUACUGAUGUCCCUCAAGACUUGCCUAAGAGCACUGUGCAUCUAAAUCUGAGCCACAACAAGCUGGCGGCAGUCGAUAUGGACAUCCUCUCCAAUCUGCCCGACCUGAGAGAAGUGAGGCUUGACCACAAUGAGCUGACAUCCAUCCCUUCAUUCGGAGACGCAGCAGCAACAGUCGCUACACUCUACUUGCACCAUAAUAAAAUCCGCAGACUGGAGGGGAGCCUGCUGCAGAACUUCACCGCUCUGGAGACUCUAGAUCUGAGUAAUAAUGACAUCACGGAGCUGAGAGAGCACUGCUUCCCUCCGGGGUUACAAAUCAAGGACCUGCACCUGAGCAGUAAUAAGAUUGUUCAUCUGGAGUUCGGGGCGUUUAAGAACCUCGCUGGGAGUCUGCAGAUCCUCAGACUGAGCCGGAACCGAUUGACCCAGCUUCCUGUUAAGGGCCUGGAGCUGCCCAAGCUCACACAACUGGAGCUGAGCAGGAACAAGUUGCGGUUAAUCGAGGGACUCACCUUUCAAGGUUUGAGCAGUUUAGAAGUUCUCAAGCUUCAGAGAAACAACAUCAGCAAGCUGACGGAUGGGGCGUUCUGGGGUCUGGCCCGGAUGAGGGUUCUGCACCUGGACUAUAACAGUCUACGAGAGGUGAACAGCGGCUCUCUCUACGGUCUGGAGUCGCUCCUGCAGCUCUAUCUCUCCAACAACUCCAUCUCUAACUUUAACCCUGAGGGCUGGGGCUUCUGUGAGAGACUCCGAGAACUGAACUUGUCCUAUAAUAACCUGACGAAGCUGUCCGAGGGUGGAUUUUCCAAACUGGUGAACCUGAACUCACUGCGUUUGGGACACAAUUCCAUCAGCCACAUCACGGAGGGAGCAUUUAGAGGCCUUAGUUCCCUGCGGACGCUGGAGUUGGACCACAAUGACAUUUCUGGCACUAUAGAGGACACAAAUGGGGCCUUCACUGGCCUGGAAAACCUCAGCAAGCUAACUCUGUUUGGAAACAAGAUCAAGUCGGUGGCCAAGAAAGCCUUCUCGGGCCUGGAGGCUCUGGAGCACCUGAACUUGGGGGAAAAUGCCAUCCGCUCCAUCCAACCCGAGGCAUUUAGCAAGAUGAAGAACCUGCGAUACCUUCAUAUUCAAAGUGAUAGUUUUCUGUGCGACUGCCAGCUGCACUGGUUUCCGGAGUGGCUGGUAACACGAGGGCUGAAGGCUGGCGUUCAGGCCACAUGUGCCCACCCAGAGAGCCUAAAGGGCACCAGCAUCUACCAGGCCCCACCACAGAGCUUUGUUUGUGAUGACCUUCCCAAACCCCAGAUCACCGUUCACCCUGUCACCACUGCAGCGGUUUUGGGCAAAGAUGUGCGUCUGACCUGCACGGCUGCCAGCAGCAGCAGCUCGCCCAUGACCUUCACCUGGCUCAAGGACCAGGAGACGCUACGGCAAGCCGAGGUGGAGAAUUUUGCCCACGUGCGGGCCAGUGACGGAGGGGUGAUGGAGUACACCACUAUCCUCCACCUCCGGCACGUCACCUUCAACCAUGAGGGCCGCUACCAGUGCAUCAUCAGCAAUCACUUUGGCUCCUCCUACUCUAACAGGGCCCGCGUCACUGUAAACGUGCUGCCUUCAUUUGUCAAGACCCCACGCGACAUCACGAUCCGGACAGGCACGAAGGCACGGUUGGAGUGUGCGGCUGAAGGACAUCCGACUCCCCAAGUGGCGUGGCAGAAAGAUGGCGGUACAGAUUUCCCUGCCGCCCGAGAGCGCCGCAUGCGUGUGAUGCCCGAUGACGAUGUCUUCUUCAUCAUGGACGUGAAGCCUGAGGAUAUGGGCGUGUACAGCUGCACGGCAAAAAACACGGCGGGCAUGAUCUCCGCAAACGUCACUCUAACGGUGCUAGAGACCCCUCAUCUUGCACAGGAAAUGGAGGAUCGAAAUGUUGUAGUGGGCGAGACUGUUGCGUUGCAGUGCAAGGCUUUAGGCAGCCCACCUCCUCGCAUCACCUGGCUAAAGGGGGAGGAGCCUCUGAGACCCAGCGACCGUCACUACUUCACUCCAGGGAAUCAGCUCUUGGUGAUUGGUAGCACUACCUUAGAGGACGCUGGACGCUACACCUGUGUCAUGUCCAACACGCUCGGCACGGAGCGAGCUCACUGCCAGCUCAAUGUUUACCAGCGCUUUGAGGAAUGCGCGCCUUUUUCAAGCCCCAGCACUGUUACUGUGGGAAUCAUCGUCAUCGCUGUGGUGACCAGUAUUGUAGUGACGUCACUGGUUUGGGUGUGUAUUAUCUACCAGACGAGGAAGAAGAGCGAGGAGUGCAGUGUAAACACAGAUGAGACAAUUGUCCCUCCUGAUGUCCCCAGUUACCUGUCCUCUCAAGGCACUUUGUCAGAGAGACAGGACGUGUGCAUACGAGUGGACUCCAAUGGUGGAUCUCAACCCAACGGACGUAUAGAAAACAACGGCUAUGAUGGGCCAAUCGUGUGCACAGACUGCUUGGAAAACGUCACCAGCUACUCCAAACACUGUAACUACCUCCCUCACGGGAUAGCGCCCCCUUCAGGCCUGGAGUAUCAGCAGACACACCAAACAUCGACUUUCACCAGCCACAACAAUGAACCACACUGCAAUGGCACACCCAACGGGGUCAGGAAAGACAGCCAAACUCCCAUCUUUCCCACCAACCACGACAGGGUGACCAUAUCACCCUCGUCGCACCAGUUCAAUGACAGAAAAGGAUUGUUGGUGAAUAGGUCAGACACACCUCCCUCACUUGAAGAGAGUUAUCAUCGGCCAGUAAAGCUCCUGCCUGGGGACUGUGACAUUGGGUCCGAGCUUAAACAGACUCUAUUACCCAACGGACACGCAUAUACGGCCGAUGCCACCCUAAGCGAGAGUGAAUCCUUCAGGCGGGCCAGUAACUAACGCCUCACCAACCCUCUUCUUUAUCCUUUUGCACUGAGAACUGCUACCUCACACUGAGGGGCACAGACAAAGCUGCCCCCAUCUAUCUGAAUGCAGAAUAGGGGCGUCCGGAGUUUGAAGGCGAAGCUUGAGUGGGACGAUGAUGAUGUCCCAUGCGAGCGUUAAUGAUGUAUAUAGGUAUAAUCCUCCUCAGGGAGGCUUCGUUCACACUUCAGAAAUGUGACUUGCAUUUGACGCAUGCAAAAUGUAUGACAGAGUGCUAUAACGUUGGGCUUUGAGCUGUACAUAAGAGUUUUCAUAUAUAAAUACGUGAAUGUAUGUAUUCUAUAACUUUUACAAAAGUGUGUUUAACUCUAUUCGGUGCAUGGUGAGAUCAGAGUGGUUAUAUUUUAUUUUUAUUUCUUUUUUUUUUUUUUUUUAACGGAUCUCUCCUGCUUUUCCCUGUUUUAUAAGCAGUGCCUUAUUGCAAGAUCAAAGAAUCCACAAGUCAGUUUUUCUUUGGGAGAUGUCUGUAUGCUUUCCCACUCUCAAAUGGGAAUCUUGCCGUGCACUUGAAGUUUAGACAACCCAAUCAUAAUAGAUCGCCUUAAAGGAAUAUUCCAGGUUAAAAUCAAGAAACAGGGUUCUGGAAAUAUCAGGGAAUUUACUUUUUUUGAUGCCUAGAAAAGUCAUGGGAAUUAAUAUGAUUUACAGUACUUUUAUUUAGCAAGGAUUCAUUACAUUGAUCAAUAGUGACCGUAAAGACAUUUAUAACGUUACAAAUGAAUUAAAAACAAGUUUCAAAUAUAUGCUGUUCUUUUGAACUUUCCAUUCAUCAAAGACUCCUGAAAAUGUAGCACUGUUUCAGAAUGAAUUCAAAUAUAUUUUAUAUUAAAAAAAGUUACAUUGUAAUAUUUCACUAUAUUACUGUCAUUACUGUAUUCUUGAUCAGAUAAAUGAAAAUAGGUAUUAAAAAACAUUUUGAAAAAAAAAUUGAACCAAACUUUUGAACAGUAGUGGAAUUCUUUUUUUGUGUGUGUGUGAAUUUACAUUUCUAAAUUUAGAUUUCUGAAAUGUUUAAUUGGCUAGUAAUGAUUUUUAAGUAAUUAUGACUGGAAAAAUUAUGGCAAUUCACUAAAAUAUUAAAUUUACUUUGAAAAUAAUUGAAAUUUGUACUUCAGUUUGUAAAAACAAACAAAAAAGCUACUGUAUUUGUCAUUACUAACUGGUGUUUAACCUGGAAUAUUCCUUUGUCAGAAUAUAUAUGGGAUGAAUGAAGAGCUCUGCAUUGAAUUUUCAGGUCCGUUAUGGUACAAAAAUGACGUAAGGGAAAAUAUAAGCACUUUGAUAAAUCACAUUUUUACAUGUUGAGAUUCUGAUGCUAUCGAGGCUCUUCCGUUAACAAAGGUACACGCCACCAAAAGCUGCUUCACUUGCCUACAUACUUGUGGUAUUUGAAAUGAAUUUUUAAAUGUAUUUGUUGACUAUCUUUUUAAACAUAUUUGGGGAAGUAACAAAUUAUCCAAAAAUAAUAUUUAGAGAGACUGGUUCUAACAGUGAGUUUUAGCUAAUGCUGCCAAAUCACAAAAGGGAAAGAGCGUCUCUCUAGAAAACUCAAGCUGUGUGUGCUGGACUUCAACCACACAGAAUGACUUCACCUAAAGGGAAUAAGCAGGAAAUAGUGAACACCUCGUCUUUGCUAAAGACUAAAGCAGCUAAUGCUAAGCUACAUUUAUUAGUUAGCCUGAGCCAAACCGGUUCAUGUCGACAGCCAAGGUUGUGUGUGUUUUUUAGGCCAAAUAGUAUAACAUCUGUACUACUAAACUAGGGGAAUGUUUUGUAAAGUUGGGUUACAGAAAACGCCAGUUUAACCCCAAAAACUGUAGACCAUAUCAGUACUUUGAUAAUGUGGUUAGCAGGUUAACUGUGUAAUCCAGCUCUGUAAACUAGUUCAAAUAGGUUAACUCUACAGAUGUUUGGGUCACCUUGUUUCAUACCAGAUUAAUUUAUUGAACUCAACUCUAAUCACAGCUGUUCACCCACAUGGCUAAAACUGUUCAAGUGUCAAAAUGGCAGGUGUUUAUUAAAGUCACAUUUUGCUCUUUUA